GGUAGCGUGAUAACUUCUGUGGCCAAGAAAUUUAAAAUCUCGAGGUCAUCGCUGGUCCAUCGUAUCUGUGUUUGAUAGAAUUACCCUUUCAAUUCUAAGGGUUUUCUGUUUUCAUCUAACAUCUCACUCUAUUUCGGCAAAAAUGAGGGGCAAACGUAUGCACAAAGGUAGAACCCGAAAGUUUACUGCCCCGGAAGAAAUUGAUCGUCAACUUGGAUUAUCUAAAGAAGCUGAAUCAUCUCUCAAUAAAACAAUUCAUGACAAGAAUAUUGAUGAUACUGAAACGGAUGAUGAUGAUGAGGAGGAGGAGGAGGAGGAAGAUGACGACGAGCAAGACACAACUGAACGUCAUAAGGGUGUUAGUCAUUUGAUUGAAGUUUGCAAUCCUAAUCAUGUAAAAUCUUCUAAAACAGUUGUUCCUUCACGAAAAGAAGUUGCCGCAUCUAUCAAAGCUACAACUGACCCAAUAAAAUUAUUAUCAGAAACUGAAUUAGCAGCUAACAUAGCACGUCUUCAAUUAGUUAGGAAAGAACGUGAAUUAGCAGCUCAAAAACUUGAACAAGAAAAACAAGCCCGUGAAGCACAGCGUGCAGCAAUCGCUGCAGCCAAACGUACAUCUCAGACAAAACCACAACAGAAAAGUGGUCGUAGUGGUAAACAACAUACUAACAGUAACAAAGAACAUCAAAUCGUCAAUCAAAGAAACAAUACAAACUCAUCAGUACUCACCGAUGAUAACUGAUCGAUUAAUUGGUUGGUCAAUGAUUACAUUGUCCCUAAGUCUAUGCUUGCCUGAUGACUCACAUAUAAAGAUGAGGAAUAAUAACUAUGUUGCAAAGUUGCCGUAUAUAUUCACUUUUUCAUUUGAUAAAAAAAUACUCAAGCAAAUCCAACUAUCUUUAUUCUUUUCAAUACAUGCCAUGAAACUGUUUUAGAUUACGUUCUCUGUUAUCUGACUUUCUGUAUUAAUAACAUGAAAAGUUAAUUCAUAAAUUGAAUCCUUUUUAGCCAACGUGCUCUCUUUUAUACAUUUUAAUAACUAGAUAAAACAUUAAUAUAUAUACAGCUGU